CAGGUGAGCGCGCAGACGCAGACGCAGCGGCGCGGAGCAGCGGACCGGAGCGGAGCGCAGCGCAGCGCAGCGCAGUCAUGGGCAAGAUCCAGGAAUUUGACAUCACUUUCGCCAACAACAAGGUUGUUUACGCACCGGGCGAGUCCAUCGGCGGGUCGGUGAGGAUUCGCACCAGCAACUCGCUGCAGUACAAAGCCAUCAAGGUGAACUGUCAGGGCUCGUGUGGGAUCUCCAACAAGAUGAGCGAGGCCUCGUGGAGCCUGGAGGAGCAGUACUUCAACAGCACGUUGUCCGUCGCCGACAAAGGGACGCUGGCGGCAGGCGAGCACAGCUUCCCGUUCCAGUUUGUCAUUCCAGUCGCCGCCCCGACUUCCUUCGAGGGGCCGUUCGGGAAGGUCUGGUACCGCGUGCGGGCCGCCAUCGACACGCCGCGCUUCUCUAAGGACUACAAAGCCCAGAGGCCCUUCUACCUGCUCAACCUGCUGAACCUCAAUGAGGUUCCUGACAUUGAACAUUCCAGUCACGCCGUGACCACCAAGAAGUUCAGCUACCUCCUGGUGAAGACGGGGACCCUGAUGCUGAAGGCUCGCAGCGACCUGAGGGGCUACGUCCCCGGUCAGGUCAUCCAGUUGGCCACCGAGAUCCACAACAAGUCCGGGAAGGACACGGGAUACGUGCUGGCCAGUCUCAUACAGAAAGUGACCUACAGGACCAAGCGGCCUUUGUUUGACCUGCGGACCAUCGCGGAGGUGGAGGGAGCCGGGGUGAAGGCGGGAAAACACGCCGAGUGGCGGGAGCAGAUCAUCGUCCCGCCCCUCCCUCAGUCGGCGCUCGCCGGCUGCAGCCUCAUAGACAUCGACUACUUCAUACAGGUGUCACUCAAAUCUCCGGAAGCCGUCGUCACUCUGCCCAUCUACAUCGGCAACAUCGCUGUGAACCUGUCGCCAUCGAGGACCGUUCCCUCCACUCCGGUCCACUGCGGUGCCGCGGUCGCGCCCGCGCCCGGCGCCGCGGGCGUGAUGCCCAGCGCCCCACCGGCGGAGGAGGAGCAGCCAGAGGAGGGAUUGUGUGCGGGGGGCGUGGCCAGCGAGGCGAUCCCGACCAAGAGUCACUCCCAGCAGGACCCCUCGGUUCAGCAGGUCAACAUGUCGCCGAGCGCCUUCAGCCACGCGCCGGGAGCGGCGCUGCCCCCCGGCCACCGGCGGCCCGACACGUCCUCGCCGCUGUUCUGCGUGUCCACCGGGGCCACCAUACCGUUCUUCACCGAGGGGGACGUGACGCCUGUGCCCACUUCCUGUUCGCUCAUUCUCCCUCCGGAGUACAGCAGCUGGGACUACCCUCACGAGCCCCCGCCCUCUUACGAGGAGAGCUGCAGCAGUGCCAACCCCGGCUUCAACAGCCGACAGUAGAGAAGGAGCGGGCGAGGGAGCGCCUGCGCUCGCAUCUCCACCAAUCGGGACAAAUCGGACAGUCUGGGUGACAACGAGGAUGGACAGUAGACACGCCCACACCCCAAAGAUUGUUUUUCUCUUUGUCCUGUAAUAAUUAUAAAAGAAAAAAGGGAUCAUAUCUUAUAUCUUGAAUAUAAGAAUUUUAAGUUCACCUCAUGUCCCUGCAGGUCGUGUCAGACAAACGGGCGACUUAUCACUGUGCCUACGAGUCGUGUUUGUCACGCAGCGUUCGGAACAUUCAGUGGUUGGGCGUUUUUCCCUCUUUGGGGAAGAUGUGUUCAUAAUUUGGGUUGUUUGUUUGUUUGUUUGUUUGUGUGUUUGUUCCGGUCUUCAGUGAAUUGUUGCAUCUGUGAUGCCUUGAAAAGGAUUUCAGCCUGCUGAAGUUUGACAGGACCCAACGUUGGCCUUUCCCCCCAGUGCUCUGGUUCCUUGGUGUGUUUUCUCAGCUGUUCUUCACGCUGGACAUCAAGACGAGAGCUCACGGCCACUGGCCCUUGUCUGUCUGUAAAAAUGAAUCGUGUAGGAUCUUUUAUGUGACAAUUUUUUCUUUUCACAUCCUGCACAUAGGGGCUUUAAGGAGAAAUAAUGUUUUAACUUGAAACACAAGUAGCAGUAAAAACAAUGUUCAAAAUAGUUGUGCGGCCAACCGACGACCCACCCCGCAAAGAUUUGUUGAAAAGACGUCUUUUCCUACGUCUAAACCACAUCUGGAUUUGGUUGGAAAGUUAAAUGUUCUAGGGCUAAAUGAUGUUCACAAAUGACUUAUACUAUAGAUUGAUACAGAUAUAUUUCAUCCGUGUUGACUGAGAGGUUUGGUUUUGUAUUCUGGGGACAGUUCGUCUGCAGCUGGAUCCAGGACUGACGCAGCCCUCUUCUGCCCUCUGGUGGUCGUCACGUCACUGCACAAGCGUUAUCACCAACUGCUCUUCAAAACUGGAGCUUUAACAUAAUCAACCACUGGAGCUGAAAUAAUGAGUCCCUGCGUCUUUAACGCACUGACCCAGGUCUGUUGUAUAAAUGUACAUUUUUUUUAUUUUCCUGCAGCUGUCUAUUGAGCAGCACUGGGGAAUUGAGGUUUGAGGUUAUGAUGCGAAUGCUUUUCGCAUCCAUCUUUUCCCGACAUUUGUGUGUCGUUUCUCUCUCUUUGUCUUCUUUGCCUUAACUUUCUUGUAUUGUAACAUGAAUGAGAAGAGAAUCCUCUGAAAUGUUUCCACCAGUGCAGAUGAUAAACAUACGUGUGCACAGCACGGCACUUUUUGACGCCCCGGAUGCACAUCUACUGUAAGUGUGUGUGUGUGUGUAUAUGAGUGUGUGUGCGUGUGUGUGAGAUCUGUUUUCCAUAAAAUUCCUGAUGUAUGUGUUACAUUGUUCGACAAGGGCUGGGUGAUGAUUUCAGUUUUAAUUGACAGCGUAAAAAUAUCAAGAUAUGAUCUUACGGUGUCAGUAUCACUCUACAAAUUACCGUUGUCCAAAUGAAUCUAUCAACAAAUUCAGUUGGUGGAAGUUUUUUUGUUUUGCACAUAAAUGAAAAGUUUGGCCUCGU